AUGAAUUCAGCUCCUUCGACGCCUCUCAAUCUCGUCUCGACCGAACAGAUUCAGAAGUAUUUGGAUGAGAACAAAAACUUGAUCAUGGCUAUACUGGAAAGUCAGAACAUGGGAAAAGUGACUGAAUGUGCUCAGUAUCAAGCAACCCUUCAGAAGAACUUAAUGUAUUUAGCUGCGAUUGCUGAUGCCCAGCCUCCUGGAUCUGGAACGCUGUCCCAGGCCCCCCCGACCAGUCCAGUUCCACAAGCCCAAAUGCAGGCGCAACAUGGUGGGCCCGUUCCCAAGGUACCGUUCCAAGUCAAUGCAGUGAGGCCUCAAGACCAACAUUUUCAACAGGUACAAGGGCAAUUUAGUGGUGCUAAUAAUAAUGGUUUGCAUUUUCUCGUGCAACCUGGGCUGGGAGGUUCAGGUGGAGGUUCUCGAGAGGGCCAUGGGAGUUUGGGCUUGGGACAUGUGGAGAGUAGAGAUUGA